ACUAUGGUUAAUGCAAGUAAACCUGUUAGUUGUACUCUCGUUGGCGAUGGAAUGGUUGGGAAGACAUCUAUCGCUCUCAGUUUUAUCGGAAAACAGGCGGAAGAAAAUUAUGUGGCUACAGUAUUCGAAAACUAUGCAGGAGGCACCUCAGUUGCCGGCGAGCAAUAUACUGUCAGCAUCUAUGAUCCUGCAGGCAAGCAUGACUAUGCCAGUAUGAGAGUCUGCACUUACACAGACUGCGAGGUGAUUCUCAUGUGCUACAACGUAAGCGAUCGAGACUCAUUUGACAGCAUCGCCUCAUUUUGGCUACCGGAAGUAAGGAAAUUUAGGGGCACCAAAUCUACAGUCAUUCUCGUAGCCACACAGACGGAUACCCGGAAUCCGGAUUCCGACUCGUCAGUUAGUACAGAAGAAGGAGAGAAGUUGGCAAGGGAAAUAAACGCUGGGGGAUAUAUGGAAACCACUACCCAAAAUUACGAUAGUGUUAAAACUGUUUUCGAAAAGGUAGUCACGUGUGCUUUAAAAUGCAGGAAGAAAAAAAAAACACUCUUCAAAAAGAUCUCUCGUCGUUAAACUAUCGGAUAUGAGGAUAUGAAGAACAUUAAAACAAUAGCAGCUAUCCAGAUGAUUGGGAAAAGACAGAAGAAAAAAUGAACAAAAAUGUCUUUCAAAGACCUGUAGGACUUUCUUCAUGUUUUGAUGAAUAGUUCGUCAAAUGGACUUAACGAGAACGAUACAUGGGUGUUUUGAAUUUUUGAAAUAAAAGUCCCAGACUUUUUCAGAUGGCAACGAAAUAACACUGUGAUGAUCAUUUGUAAUAAUAAGUACGAUUCAUGUCAGUGCAUAUAGUUUCAAUAACUAUAAAAACCCAUUUGCG